UGAUAUUUUUACUUUUUCUAUUUUUGUUCUGUUUAUGUUGUGAUAUCAACAAAUAUCGAUUACAAUUCUUUUUUGAUGCUGUUUCUUCGUCAUACCUAAAUCGCGUAUGGUGUGCCUGUUCCAUACAGAUCAAUACUCACGCAUCUAAACCUGAACUAUUUGAGAAUUUCUUUUUUUGACAAGAUGAAGACCACUGCACUAUGCAUCAUUUCGGUAGCUGCUCUGGCAGAUGCUGCCGGAAUCUCGGAGCCCUCCGGGUCGACCUCUAGCCUUCAGCAGAGGUUUCAGGGUCUCGGCCUUGACCAAGUUGGUGAAAGCCAAACCAAUGCAGGCACAAUCCUUCAUUUGCCCCCUCCUGGAGCUGGAGGCGGAGUCGGAGAGGCAUCGCCAACAAGUGAAAGGCGAAAGAGGACUAUGCGGCGGACCACCAUUGGGGAUCUUGAAAUGGGUGUCUCAUCGGAUAGUCUUCGUGGUGCGGUGAGUGCGAUCCCCGGUGCGAUUGCCGAGGCUAAGGCAACUCUCAGAAAGGAUGAAGUAGACGCUUUUGUGCUUGAAGAGGCGGCUACUUUGCUGGACAAGAAGGGCAAGUUUGUCGCGCUGGAAUUUUUGCAGUCGUUGAUGCGGCGCGCCUUGACUAUUGGCAUUGCAACGACGCCUAAAUUUUUCAGCGUUGCGGACCAAUACUUCAGCACCACCACCGCAGAUGAUCGAGCGCAGCAGCAGUUUACUUCCUGGAGACCCUGGAACGACAUUUCCCGGAGCUUCACCGCGCAGAAGCCUAUUUGCGAGGAGGAAGAGGACCGCUACCUCGCAGGAAAACUAUAUGCCAAUGC